UGGUUAUGGGUGGAGUGUUGUCCACACUCUCCACCAUGCUACUCUCGACUCCACGUCCCUGGUGCUCCUGAACUGACUACACCAACAACAACAACCACCACUAUGGACUCCAUUCUGGAAUUAGGACAUGCUACACGCAAUUAUCUACAUGUGAGCUUUGAGAGAUACCCGGUUGUCUUCCUACUGGUGUCAUGCGUGCUGUUUGUGCUAAUGACCCUGGUGGUGGUCCGAUUAUAUAUUACCUAUCCCAAGGCAAUAACAGAGGAAAUUAAACGAGAACUAAAAAACAAAGUUGAUGAUGUCAAGGACUUCGUGGGUGUUGGAACUCGGCCACGGUUCCGAAAACGUGAUAAAAUUUAUUUCUAUGGUUGCAAGAUGCUUCGCAAAGUCAAAGCCAACAUUCCAACUCGUCCUGUGGCAUCUCGAUUGUUGGCCAAGCGUCUGGCUCGGAAAUUGUUGGGGCGCACCGAUCGUGACUCCCCUCAGCUUGAAGUGAUCGAGCCACCUGCUGAGUAUCUCCAGGAAGACCUUAUUCACUUUGAUCCCAGUGUCCCAGCAGAGUUCAUCUUUAUGCUUAAGAAUAUCAGAGUUUUUGGCCACUUUGACAUGCCAUUAUUUUUUGAGCUGUGUAAGAGUGUCCAGACCAUUCAUCUCUACAAGGGACAGACACUGUUUUGUGUGGGACAGAAUGAUGAAAAUAUCUACAUAGUUCAGACUGGGCAGCUUACUGUGUUUGUGAACGAGCCUGAUGGUACCACUCUGGCCCUCAAGGAGGUGUUGCCAGGGGAGUCGAUCAUCUCCCUCUUGUCCUUCUGCGACGUGCUCACCGGCCACCCUCAGCCGUACAAAACCGUGGGAGCUAAAGCCGAGAUAGAUUCUAUAGUCAUGAAAUUUCCUGUGAAGGCAUUUGAGGAAACGUUUAGGAAGUACCCUGAUAUGUUUGUCCGGGUGGUGCAAAUUAUAAUGGUGCGUUUGAUGCGCGUCACUUUCAUGGCUUUGCAUCAGUACUUGGGACUUUCUUCUGAACUUAUCAACAGGGUACCGAGGAGAGGAAGCUCCAGCAACAUGGCCCCAUCACUAUCCCCUGGCAAGGUGAAGCGUGAUAGUGGGUCUACUCCUGAUGGUGAGGGGGAAGAUGAUGGAGACCAAAGAGGCCCCGAGACACCUGUCAGACAGAAUAGUGCCCGAAAAAUAGUCUUAGUCGACCCAAAGGAUGAGAAAGACGAAAACUCCUUGAGAAUUGCAACCGAAAAAUUUCAAGCUUUGAUGCAUCUGAAAUCGGACAAAAUCUUAAAAGGUGCUGUUGAAGUUAGAGAUAUUCCAACUGGUUCUUUCCUGAUGAAACAAGAUUCCAUGAAAGAAGCAGCACUUGUUUACAUACUCACAGGUUCCUUGAUGGUAUCUCAGCAGUCACCUGAAGGUUCGGGCUUCAUUCAGCUCUUCACUGCUCACCCUGGAGAUCUUGUUGGCGGCCUAGCUGUAUUGUCUGGAGAUCCCUCAUUUUUCACAAUCAAGGCGAAACAUACUGCUCGUGUGGCAACCAUCACCAAAGAAACAUUUUAUGCAAUUAUCAAGGAAACGCCUGAAGUAGUAUUACAUAUAGCCAACACUGUCAUCCGCCGCAUGUCACCCUUCGUGCGCCAGAUUGACUUUGCUCUCGACUGGGAGCACUUAGAAGCUGGAAGAGCUCUGUACAAACAGGGCCAACCAACAGACUCGACCUUCAUAGUUCUCAGUGGUCGAUUGCGUUCUGUCAUCACGCACAAGGAUGGCAGAAAAGAAGUAGUGGCAGAAUAUGGCAAAGGUGACCUUGUUGGCAUUGUUGAGCUGUUGACACAGACAGAUCGUAGCACAACAGUGAUGGCUGUGCGAGACUCUGAAUUAGCCAAGCUGCCAGAAGGACUCUUCAAUAUGAUCAAGCUGAAAUAUCCAAUUGUUAUGACCAGACUAAUCAAGCUCCUAGGACAGCGGUUGCUUGGCUCUUGGAAGGCGACUACCUCACGUGUACCACUGGGCUUGAACAUUGAACAGCGACCAUCACAAAGUAAUUACUCUACUGUAGCUAUUGUUCCCAUCUCUGAAGAUGUGCCCCUCUCCCAGUUCACCCUCGAGUUGUAUCACUCGCUCCUGUCUAUUGGUCCUGCUUUGAGACUAACUUCAGAGUAUGUAGUGCGUUCCAUGGGCACAAGUAUAUGGGAAUCUGCCAAUGAGUAUCAACUCAUUUCUUGGCUGGGGCACAUAGAAGACCAGCAUCGUGUUACCCUCUAUCAGUGUGACACUUCCUUGACAGUGUGGACUCAACGGUGCAUACGUCAGGCUGAUGUCAUACUCACUAUUGGAAUAGCAGAUUCGGAACCUCAGAUGGGAAAGAUUGAAAAACACGUGGAGAAAAUGGCAGUUAGGACUCAGAAGGUUUUAAUUCUGCUUCAUCGUGAGGAUGGUCCAUCGCCAUCUGGCACUGUGCGAUGGCUCAACAUGCGAUCUUGGUGUCAAUCGCAUCAUCACAUCCGAGCGAGGAAGCGUAUGUUUCAGAAAAGGCCUCCUGCUAAAAUUGUUGAGUAUUACACAGAGAAAGUCUUCACAACUCAGGCUAAUAUACAUAGUGACUUUUCACGUCUUGCCCGAGUUUUGACAGGAACUACAGUGGGACUUGUGCUUGGCGGCGGUGGAGCAAGAGGAGCAGCGCAUAUUGGCAUGAUCAAGGCUAUCAAGGAGGUUGGAAUUCCCAUAGAUAUGGUGGCAGGUGUGAGUAUUGGUGCUUUCUUUGGUGCACUUUACUGCCUAGAGAAGGAUGUCACGAGAGUCACGCAAAAGGCUCGUGAAUGGAGUAUGAAAAUGACUAGUAUCUGGAGAAUGGCUCUAGAUCUGACGUAUCCAGAAGUGUCCAUGUUUUCUGGUGCUGGCUUUAACAAGCUUAUCCAUGAUGCUCUUGGAGACACAAAUAUUGAAGACCUUUGGCUUCCAUAUUUUACACUUACCACCGACAUCACAGACUCUGCUCCUCGUAUCCAUACUCACGGAAGUACAUGGCGGUACGUGCGGGCAUCCAUGUCCCUCUCUGGGUACAUGCCGCCCAUCUGCGAUCCUCAUGACGGACACUUGCUACUUGAUGGUGGAUAUGUCAACAACCUGCCAGGUGAUGUGAUGCACAACAAGUGGAGUGUUGGCAACAUCUUGGCAAUCGACGUGGGUUGCCAGUACGACACACACUUUACUAACUACGGCGACUGUCUCUCGGGCUGGAGCGUCCUCUUCCGCCGUGUCUUUCCCUUCAAGUAUUUCUUCCGAAAGGAGCUAAAGGUGCCAAACUUGUAUGACAUCCAGUCUCGGUUAUCGUAUGUAUCAUGUACACGACAACUAGAGGAACUGAAAGUUAGUGAUUACUGUGAAUACAUUCGCCCACCUAUUGAUAAAUACCAAACUCUACAGUUUGGUUCCUUUGAUGAAAUUAAGGAGGUCGGAUAUCAGCAUGGAAAGACAUACUUCAGUGGAAUGCUGAAGGGAGGCCGUACAGUGGAAAGCAUCUACCAGCUGAGCAGUGGGAAGGGAGAACAGGCCAGCCUUGAUGCCUGUCCUGCCACCUUCACCGACCUCGCACAAAUUGUCUGCUCGGUCAGAAAACCAACAGCCAACAAAGUCUUAGAAGACUCCUCAACCGAGUAUGAUGAAGAUGACGUACACGGAGGCUAUGCAUCUGAACCCAACACAAACACAGAAUUCUUCCACAAGGUCUCGGAGGAGCUCAGUGAGGUUCGUAGGCGUCGUACUGGCUCACUUUCCGACAACGACAUUAUAGAGCUGGACCACGCCAUGGGCUAUGAUGAUAGAGAGGAUGAUAAUGAAGACAAUGAGGCAGACAAUGAGGAUGAUGAAGAAUAAGAGAGAGGUCCUCUGGGUGUGAUAAAAGACCAAACUAAUAAAGCUCAAAAUUAGUUUCCUUGAACAUAAAUCUUAUUAGAGCUGAUUAAUUAAUAGUUUUAGCAAGUAAUUAACCCUUAUCAUCUUUUGUGAAGGAUCUUGCUACAAACAUCUUUUGAAUGGUAAGAAUGGAAUAUAAUAUAACACUUAAAAAUUCACACUGCAGCAGAAAUUGCUCUGCUUAGCGUGACCCAUAUUUUGUGUGCAAUUAUGUGAGUACUUUUUUUUAGUUUUAACAAUUAUUCACUGAUAGGAGAGUGCUUACAUAUUUUUUUCCAAUUGUCUAUACAGUAUAUAAUGCUGGAUGUAAUUGAAAUUGUGCAUGUAAGGUGCAUAAAAUGAAAUAAAACAAAUUCUUUGUUGUCAUAGUGACGAAUAAAUUCACACAUUGAUAACCAAGAGGUGCCAAAAAAAAUAUUAAUUCAUUAUACAGUAUUUAUAAUUACUAUAAUUGUUUUGAGUGCCAUUUUCAUAAGUAUUUUUAAGAAUAUAUUUUCAGGUUUAUAUUUUUAGAAUUGUCCUAAAUCCCUAAAUUAAACGAGUAGUAUUUAGCACUUUAUUAUUGAAUCUUCCAUUUUUCUUCACAGUAUUGGUAAAGUUGUGUGUGGUUGUUGUACAUUCAGAUCAGAGUAAACAAAAAGCCCAAUAGUUGUGCUGCAAGGAUUGGUAUUGAAAAUAUUCUUCAAGCCUUGAGCUAUUGUUGAAUGUGAAUGUUUUAAGUUCCACUUAAAUUACCUAAUAUUUGUAAAAAAUUAGAAACAAAUAUCAAAUGAUCUUAACAAUUGUAGGUUCAUAUUCUGUUCUAUAGAAUUAUAACCAGUACAGGGAUGAAUUAACCCUGAAACAAUACAGCUAUUUAAAAGUACUCCAUCGACAUUUACAUCUAUAAAUAUUUAACAGUGAAAAUGUGAAAAAAUCGCAAUUGAAGCACCAUAGGAAAUCACAAAUAGCGAUUGGACUAGUGUAAAGAUUAAAGUGUUGUACUGUUUGGAAAAUUGGUUAAGGUGGUUUCCUGUUUUGGUUUACUGUAUUUCACUGGUCACUUCAGCACUCGUUAUAGGGUGGAGACUGAUCUAUGAUGUGUCUUGGUGUGAGCAACUAUUAACUAAUAUGUUUUCAGGCUGAUGGUCAUCUUGUAGAUUGAGUCUCAGGAUCUAACACAGAUGGAGAACUGCACAAAGCUCUGAGUUCAUUAGUUUGGUAGUUGAAUGUCUUACAGCACAUUCCAUCAUGUCUCUCAAUUAAUGAAACAUGACAUAAUAAUUUGUGACAUAAGUAACUCAUUUAGAAAUUUGGUGAAAUUCCUGACUUGGGCUUUGAAUGAUAUCAAUGACUUUUUGACUGUUCUGUAUCACAGAUGAUGCUAAAUAGUCUUCAAGACUUGAUUCCUUUUAAUAAUUUCUUACUCUUCACUUGGGGCUUUUAUUUGAUUAAAUUUAAGUAGUACCUCUGAUCUGGAUGUGUAAAGCUAUUGGAUUAUUUUAUAUCUUGAGAUGGAUAAGAGUUGAAAUUUUUGCAUAAGCAUUUUUGAUGCCAUGGUGGUGGUCUGGCUGGACAGAUGCAGUGUCUUUUAGCCAAUAGACAGUUCUAUCUUGGACUUGUUUGUGAGGUGUAGACAUGUGCAUGUUGUUUCAGAGAACACAUUUUGUGUGUUCUUCCACUUCCAUGUUACAUAUACAAAUACUAAAAAAGAAUCUGGACAGACUUGUGGUCAUUAUAUUUCCUAAAUAUAAAAGAUUAAUGAAAACUAUGCAUUUUAUCUUCAGAAUAACUUCUCCAAUUAAGAAAGUUUUGACUACUCCACUGAAACUAUAUUAUUUAUGAUUGUUAAUCCUUAAUACUAUAAUUAUUAGUUGACAGUAAUAUGAAGUAUUUACUUUAAACUCCGAGGUCAAGUGUUAAUGUUAUCAACGUAUGGGAGACAAAAUAGGGUUAGAAUUGUUCCUGACUUAAUGAUGUCUUGCUGAGUAAAUGAAUCUAUUCAAAAUGGCAUUUAUAAAGUGUCAUGUAAGGCAGGUAAAUUUGAACUUAUACCUGCAAAUAACUUUGAAUUAAUAAUGCUUAAGACCUCAUUUUAAUGUUCACAGAAAUGGUUAAAAGUUUCAGUGCAUUCCUUUUUGGGUGGUGCUAAGAGGUCUCCAGUAUCUUUUACCAUACUCCCGUAUAACUUAUUAGUUUAAGAAGCCUCAUUUCUCUUGAUUUGAACUAUUUAGUUAAAAGUGAUCAACCUUCCAUUCUUUGUAUCUUUAUACUGUAGCUGAAUAUGAAUCAUAAGUUAAUGUUUUUGUUAUUCUGGUAAAAUUGCAUUUGUAAUGCAAAAUAUCACAUUUAGCAUUUUACUUUAUUAUGGAAAAUACUAUUAUUUUAAUCUCAAAUAAUGUGGGUAAAUUAUUUUAAGUGCAGAAACCAUGGUUCCUUGAACUGAGCGAGCAUGUUUCUGGUAAGAUGUGUGCACAGCAAAUUCCUCAGGAUGAACUUUCCAACUUAUGGGAACAAUAGCACCCUUGUACUUCAUUAUAAAUAAAUUUACUUUAACAGUUUCUACCGAUGAUAAUUCAUCUCUGCUUGCUGGGAUUAAUUAAAAAAUUAUUAGUGCCGUGAUUGGCUGGUGGCGGAUCAUCAGUAUUAGACUUGUGUACUGAAUGGUGGACACAUCCAGUAAUUCUUUGAGUCUUGCUUAAGUGAAGCUAGCAGGCAUUUCUGAGCAGCUUGAUGUGCUGACUGUGACGUUGGAGUCUGCCAUGACGGGUUGUUGCAGCAAUAGGUAAUGGCGUGGGCUGGAAGUGCUGUGUGAUCCUCUGCUUUGCCUUGCAUUGAUUUUCCUUAAAAUGAGCUUGUAGGGAGCAUUGGCAUCCUCUAGGGCCUCCCAGUAUGGUAAUUCCACUCCUUUUUAAUGUAAAUAUUUAUUGUUGUCUGGAUCAACUGUUUAACUUCCUUUAAAAGCCAAAAGUUAUUCAUGAUCAACUUUCUAACACUUUUCCCUGUAACCUUGUCAUUUGUUUCCUACUGGUCCUCUAUGGUCUGUUUUAAGUUCUCUUAAGUCUUCCAUGAUUAAUUCUUUGUGAUGAUGAUUGAUCUUCAUGACAAUUGGUGGGGAAGUGUUCACCGACAUUGUUCAUGCCAGGUUCCCAAUCCCAGUCACUUCAGUGGCUGUGUUCACGAGUCCUGUGAAAUUGUUGAUACUCUUUCCAUGCAGCCUUUGUAUUCUUACUUGCAUGGCAGAUAUUGUAAGAUUUUGAGAAAUCCUAAACUGAUGUCUUAACAGGUUACGUCUAGAUAAUAGGACAAUGUGAGCUUCAAGAAAUGUGCCUUAAAGGUCUCAUGAUGCCCUAAUCCAUGGGCUGGACGAAGAUGGUGGUGAUGAGCAGUAGAAAUAUGACUUAUAAAAUUUUCAAGGGGUUAGGUAGUGAGCUCCAUGUUGUGAAGCAUUAUUAACUUAACAAAUGAGAAAAGUCCUAAAAGCAAGGUUUUCUCAAGACAGUUGGUUUUGACCUCAUUGCAAAAAAGUUAAUAAAUCUGUCAUCAAACAACAUGAAAGUCAUCAUACCGACUUAUUUGCUUUCCAAUGAACUCUGUAGAAUACUUUACUUUUAUUAAGACAUUUUAUGUUUUGGGGGGAUUCAAUUUAUACUAAAUCCUCAGCAAAGUAGUUGAAAAGUCCUUUAAAUCCUUGGAGCAGAUUUCUCGUCUUUUGAAAUGUAUGCCCUGUAAGGCAUGCAUUUCUAAGAUACCGAUUUCAUUUGCGAUACACUUGGUGUGGCAGGAAGCCCCACAGCUUCAAUAAAGGCCUUCAGUUCUUCAACAAGCAUAGUACUGCUGGUUUGUCAGCACUAACAGCCUUACCAGCUCUCUUCAGAUUUUGAUGUUAACAUUGUUUUAACCGGUCAAGCUAUCCUUUACUUGGAAGGGCUUGGUAAUUUGUGCCACUUUCUUGCUGUAAGAGUCCUUGAUUUGUUAAGCCUUUGCACAGGUGAAAUCUGUGUCAAUAAGAAUGGUUUUCUGAUUCUGGUCUUGCACCUAUACUGCUAGCAUUUUUUCCAUUGUUAGAAUGUGAGCUUUAUCUUCCUUGCUGUUGAUUUAAAUUUAGGGAAUUUGAAGUAGCUACAAAGUCUUGGAUUUUCUCUACAUUCUUUCUAAGAUGAUCGUUGUCUACAAUGUAAGUACGUCGGAAUGCAGAAACAGACUUUCCAGUUAAUUCUGGGAUCAUCCUGGACGUAGGUUUGAACCCUCAUUGCGGCCCUUGUGGAUUUGUUCUUUCCAGUUAACUAUUUUUCUAUGAGCCUAGAUCUUGCCAUAAGCUGCUGGACAUUUAAAAGGAAUCAUGAUGCAGGAUUAGAAUAAAAAGACAAAAAUGAGUAAAAUACACAGUAUUUGUGAGCAUUUACACAAGGAAAGCAUUAUUUGCGAGCACUUUCAUAACAACAGAUUGAGUUGUAAAGUUAGGGGCUAUGGGUGGGUCCAACUUGAGUUGUGAAUCAGUACAACCAUGCAUGUGUCCACAGUAAUUCAUGCAACACUCAACCAGCUUUGUGUUUGGCUGAUCGUGCAUGCAUGUAUGAACCAUGGCUCGGGCACACAAUGUGGGAGUUAAAACAAAUUUGAGUAGAUUGAACGCUCUCAGAUCAAGGGAUCAUGGUACAAGCGACUUAAGCUAAGGAAUUUCUAUAUCUUGUAAUAUUUCUUAUAAUCCAGGUUAUAAAUUUUUGGCUAUAUGUAGAAACAAGAGGUAGUUCAUGCUAUAAACUGGCAGAAUUAUUUGAAGUUAUAAUGUGACAAAACAAAGGAUAUUCAGUUCAUGGUGGUGAAAGGUGUUUUCAUGCAUGUUUACAUGUAUGUGUAUGCAUUAAUCCAGCACAGGAGGUUUAUGCCUAUGGUUCAACCAAGUCCUCAUUUACAUAAUGUAAUAAGUGAUAGUUAUGUAUUAUUUGCAUAUUAGAUGUUUUAAAGGAAAAGAUCACUGUCGUUACCAAUACUAUAGUUAUUGGGGAAAUGCGACUGCUGUAGUGGACCAGUGUGGGUGCUGGAGGGCAUACUUAGGCAGGCCCUUCCACAGUGCACACAACUAUUAAUGAAUUCCCACUCUUCAGUCAAACUGAACUUUGUGUUUUUUUUUUUUUGUUUUUUUUUUUAAUUAUUAUUAUUAUCCUUCUCCCAUAAAUAUUAUGGAUCAGUUUGGAGAAUGCCUAUUGUCACUGCUGUAUUCCCUAUACCCAAUUAGUUUAUUGAUGAAGUGAGCUCUGUACCUUCAUCGCCUCUCUCAUCUCUUGACAAGUUUCUCUUGUACACACAAUUUGUAAUAAUUUCCAUGUCAUCAUCUUCAGGGAAAACUUGUUGCUUAACUCAAUCACCAGCUUUUCCCUCCAGUCCUUUUACAUGGCCUUGAACAUCUCAAUAGAUCUGCUUUCAUUUGUGCUGCUAGUGACUUCCUCACAUCCCAUAUCUUCCCACAUCUUCAACAACCAUAAUUUAUUUUUGUAAUAGCUAAUAUUCUUAACUAUUCAUCUCUAUUGUUUGAUUUUAAUUAGCUUGUAUACCUCAUUAGUGUUAGGUUUGGAGUUCUAUGCUGAUUUGGUACACACUUCACAUUUAUUAUUUUUUUUUUUUCAGUGUCCUCAAAGCAUCUAAACAAUAUUUUCCUGUGUACUAUUUUUAUAAUUUGUGUAUUAUCUUGUAAAAUUCUUUCUUAAUAUUUCCAAAAACUUAAAUUUAUUCACAACUUUUGGAUUCUUUCACUCAGGUUGGAAUUACAAUGGAACUUCAGUUCAAGACCUUUUUAUCUUAAAUUUACUCAUAGCAUUCUUUCCCUGUAUAAAUUCUCAAGAAUUCUCACCAGUCAACCUAGCUCUUACUCUGCUAAUAGACUAGCACAAUCUGAGACACACACACACAAUAACUUGCAUUCCAUUCUGUCACGACUCAUUUGUUCUCCAUAGUUAUCCCCCUCAUUCCUCCUCAUUCGGUGUGCAAUAUUGCCCCAACUCUUUAAGUUGCAGGUUUCUGUUAUUGAUGGCUCAGCUCUUGUUGUUGUGGGAAAUGUCUUACUACUGGUGAAACAAAGAGAAUUUAAUGUUAUUAUUAAGUAUUCAGUAUUUAAUGUUAUUAAAUACUGAACACUGUAGGGAAUAUCAGUAAAACAGUAGGUCUUUGUGAGCUAAAUACUUCUUAAUCUUUUGGUGAUGAGAUUUUGUGGAUACCUCAGGUCUUUAUUUUACCUCUUAAUAACAAUGGAAUUAAAUAAGUGUUUUACAGUGAACGUGGACUGCACAAAUGAGAGCUUGUUUUACUUUGUAAAUCGUGUAAAAAUAGUAGCCGAUUUAGCAACUUAUUUUUCUCCUCUGCCGGAAUAAUUUUAUAUUAAUUAAUAUGCUGGUUAUAUAUAUCAUUAGCGGCAAAUUUAUUUUUUGGCUAUUGUGAAUUAUGGUAUGCCUUUAUGAAUGUGCCCAUUACAGAAUAUUGUUAGGUCUUGUUUUAUCUCUUCAAUUCUCUUUAAUUUGACUGAAUAUAAGAUAUUUAAUUUUAGAACUUUAAAUGUAUUUAUUGUAUUAUUCAAAUGUAUUUAUUAUUUACUACGUUAUUCCUCAGUUUUUGCAGAUGCAACUAAUUCUUUAUAUAGGUACAUUUUUUAUUAGUGAUUAUUGUAUAUGAUUGCCAAUGCAACAUACAGAACCUUGACAUGGGUUGAAAAUAUUGUAUUGUUAUUGGGUCUUAUUUAUUUGGAGAUAGUUUGUGUUGGUGUUAGUUAUCAAGGUGUUGGAAGUUUUCUGGAUGUACCUUCAUUACUUGUUUACAAGAGAUAGCAGCAUGAUGGGUUACUCAAAUCACACUAUAUGCUGGGUCAUUGUUUAACUAUAUAUGUGCUGUAUUAGGUUGAAGUGUCAGGUUCAGUCACUAGCUUAUCCAUGAGGUUAACAAUAUUCAGCCACAUCACUCAAAUUAGAGGACUCAUUUCCUGUGUGUUUGAAAUGGUUUUAUUAAUAUAUGUGGUGAGUGCAAGUCCCCUUGCCCAUGGUAUUAGUUAAUGGGUGACAUGGGUUCAUCCAUGUGUUAAUUAGAUUAACACUAUAUCGUGGAAGCUGUACAUUUGCUCUUUUGUAGGAGUGGUACUAAUCACUGAUCAUUUAACUAUUUAUGAUCAUGUUUUGAAUUUAGUGGAGACAAGUCUUUAUGAUACUAAGCAUGUGGCUACUAAGGCUUGUCUCAAUAGUCAACACUAUAAUCAGCAAGGUGGUGACACUUUCAGACAUUUUUUGACUCAAGGUAUUUGGGGAGUGUUGUAAAACUCGGGGUUACACCUGCAGUUCAUAGUUUACUGAUCUGUUCACAUAUUUCUUUAUACAAUACAAAUUAAUUUUUUAUCUUAAUUUCUGUCCAGUUAAUGAGCUCCUACAUGUAAAGGUCAGUGAUCACUAAAAGAUGUUCCAUGAAUAUUCUUGCUGCUACUUAUUUCCUAAGAGAACUUUAUGGUUUAGUAAUGAAGAUGUUAAAGACUUGUGUAGUAAAAUGCCCUGUUGUAUAGUGGUUAGUACCCUCACUGAGACGAGCGAGAAAGACUCUUGUUCAAACCUCAGGAUUGGAGGAUUGGGCACCGAUUAUCCACUAACACAUGCAUCCAGUAGUAAAUGGGGCAGCUGGAUAUGAAAAGAUUAUCAGGGUCAUGUUCUGGGAAACAUGGCACUAAAUGUUGAAUGUUGAAAUAAACUUCGUUUCUCUCUACUCUCCUUCAGUCAGAUAUUGCUAAGUAUACUCCUUUUUAAAUUUAAUUUACGUAAUGUAUCUUAUUUUAUAUCCUGCUCUUAUAUCAGCAUCUUGAGUAAUAAUAUCAGUACCCCAUUUUAUCUAAGUUGAAUAGAUGUGUAUAGCCAUAUGGGACUUCAUGCUUUCCUUUGAAAAUCUUACCUGGCCUCAGCCUAAAUCCCAACAUAAUAAAUAGUAUGUACAGAGGAGCAGUGGUAAGGGGAAUGUGGUUUUUAUAUGUAAUAUAUAUAUAUUCUUUAAAUAGAAUUCAAGUAUAACCUUGAGUAGACCUUACAUUACCUGCUACCUGACCACAAGAUAGUAAGCUGUGCAAUAUAUUUGACCACACUUCGCUUGACACUUGUUGCAAGAAUCCUACCAGUUAAGGUAAAAAAAAAGUGCGUCUUCCUUAAAGAUAGACACUUAAUAUAUUAUGUUGCAGCAUAAAUGCUGAAUGCAGCUGAUGGGCACAAUAGUGUUGUUUGCUCAAAUUUGCCCAAAUGUCUUGUCUGUGACGUGUGAGUUGUUGGAUAUAUAUAUAUAUAUAUACUGUAUAUAUUUAUUAGGAAUUUGUGAGACAGUUUUGCAGUGUGUAAUAUAUUAUUUAGGAACAACUGUUCUAAUAAAGUGCCUGAAUUCUUAUA